AGCAGUGUGAGUGAUACUGUUGGCGCGAUACAACACAAAGCGCUUGAUUACUUUCUCGUGCAAUACCACUUCUUGUGAUUUAGUGUGUCUCUUCAGUCAUUCAGAGGAUAGCCAAAUGGGACUCCUUUCCCUUCUUCGCAAGCUACGAUCUUCCCCAGACAAGGAGCUGAGGAUUCUACUCCUGGGCCUGGACAAUGCUGGAAAGACCACACUCCUCAAGAGAUUGGCUAACGAACAGGUGAACCACAUAACCCCAACCGCAGGAUUCAACAUAAAGACCGUGGCGGCUGAAGGAUUUAAACUGAAUGUGUGGGAUAUUGGAGGGCAGAGCAAGAUUCGUCCCUAUUGGAAAAAUUACUUCGAGAACACGGAUGUUCUAAUUUACGUGGUAGAUUGCACAGAUCGAAAGAGAUUGAAGGAGACAGCGGAAGAAUUAUCAGAAUUGCUGGCUGAUGAGAAGCUGAAAGGAGUUCCUCUGCUAGUAUUUGCAAAUAAACAGGAUGUCUCGAGUAGCCUCAAGACAGCAGAGAUUGCAGAAUCGAUGGGGCUCGUGAAUCUGAAGGGCCGAUCGUGGCAGAUUCAGGGCUGUUCGGGACUCCAGGGCACCGGGAUUCAGGAGGGCAUGGAUUGGAUAUGUCAGACCAUCAAGAAUAAAUAAUUUACAAGGUUCACAU